AGCAUUCUGGGAAUUGUAGUUUUCUGAACAGAAGGGACCGUUCUGUAGCAGAAGCCGGGGUGCUGCCUGUUCUCCCGCCUUCAUUUCCCAUCGUGCUGAGGCGGGUGGCAUGGCGGAGAAGGAUGACACCAGAGUUUGACGAAGAGGUGGUUUUUGAGAAUUCUCCACUUUACCAGUACUUACAGGAUCUAGGACACACAGACUUUGAAAUAUGUUCUUCUCUGUCACCAAAACUGGAAAAAGGCACAGUGACAGAAGGACAACAAAAGCCUCCUGCCAGAGCCCUGCCAAAACAAGGCAUCCUGUUAAAAGUGGCUGAAACCAUCAAAAGUUGGAUUUUCUCUCAGUACAAUAAGAAAGAUGACUUACUUCACAAGCUGGAUAUUGGAUUCCGACUUGACUCACUACAUACCAUCCUGCAACAGGAAGUCCUGUUACAAGAGGAUGUGGAGCUGAUUGAGCUACUUGAUCCCAGUAUCCUGUCUGCAGGGCAACCUCAACAACAGGAAAAUGGACACCUUCCAACACUUUGCUCCCUGGCAACCCCUAAUAUUUGGGAUGUCUCAGUGCUGUUUGCCUUCAUUAGUUUGCUCAUUAUGCUUCCCACUUCGUGGAUUGCAUCUUCCUGGCUGGUAUGGGGAGUGAUUCUAUUUAUUUUUCUGAUCGUAAGAGCUUUGAGAUUAUGGAGGACAGCCAAACUACAAGUAACUCUAAAAAAAUACAAUGUCCAUUUAGAAGAUACAGCAACAAAUAGCCGAGCUUUUACUAACCUUGUGAGAAAAGCUUUACGUCUCAUUCAAGAAACCGAAGUCAUUUCCAGAGGAUUUACACUUUUGCUUGACAGGGUCAGUGCUGCUUGCCCAUUUAAUAAAGCUGGACAGCAUCCCAGUCAGCAUCUCAUCGGUCUUCGGAAAGCUGUCUACAGAACUGUAAGAGCCAACUUUCAAGCAGCAAGGCUAGCUACCCUAUAUAUGCUGAAAAACUACCCCCUGAACUCUGAGAGUGACAAUGUAACCAACUACAUCUGUGUGGUGCCUUUUAAGGAGCUGGGCCUGGGACUUAGUGAAGAGCAAAUUUCAGAAGAGGAAGCACAUAACCUUACAGAUGGCUUCAGCCUCCCUGCUUUGAAGGUUUUGUUUCAACUCUGGGUGGCACAGAGUUCAGAGUUCUUCAGACGGUUAGCCCUAUUACUUUCUACAGCUAAUUCACCUCCUGGGCCCUUACUGACUCCAGCACUUUUGCCUCAUCGUAUUUUAUCUGAUGUGACUCAAGGUCUACCUCAUGCUCAUUCUGCCUGCUUGGAAGAGCUUAAGCGCAGCUAUGAGUUUUAUCGGUACUUUGAAACUCAGCACCAGUCAGUACCCCAGCGUUUAUCGAAAACUCAGCAGAAGUCAAGAGAAUUGAAUAACGUUCACACAGCAGUACGCAGCUUACAGCUCCAUCUGAAAGCGUUACUGAAUGAGGUAAUAAUUCUUGAAGAUGAACUUGAAAAGCUUGUUUGUACUAAAGAAACACAGGAACUAGUAUCAGAAUCUUAUCAAAUCCUAGAACAGAAGUUAAAGUUGAUUCAGCCCCAUGUUCAGGCAAGCAACAAUUGCUGGGAAGAGGCCAUUUCUCAAGUGGACCGACUGCUCCGAAGAAACACAGAUAGAAAAGGCAAGCCUGAGAUAGUAUGUGAAAAUCCGCGUUGUACUGUGGUACCUUUGAUGCAGCCUACUCUACACAUUGCCGACAAAGAUCCAAUCCCUGAGGAGCAGGAAUUAGAAGCUUAUGUAGAUGAUAUAGAUAUGGACAGUGAUUUCAGAAAGGAUGAUUUUUAUUACUUGUCUCAAGAAGACAGAGAGAGACAGAAGCGUGAGCAUGAAGAAUCCAAGAGGGUACUCCAAGAACUAAAAUCUGUGCUGGGAUUUAAAGCAUCAGAGGCUGAAAGGCAGAAAUGGAAGCAACUUCUAUUUAGUGAUCACGCUGUGUUGAAAUCCUUGUCUCCUGUAGACCCAGUGGAACCCAUAAGUAAUUCAGAACCAUCAGUGGAUUCAGAUAUGGGGACAGUUGGUAAAAAUGAUACUGAAGAGGAAAAUAGUAAACCCUCCACAGCUGACAAUGAAAUAAGUAGUAGGACUGAGUAUUUAUCUGAAAACCCUCUAGAUGGUAAAAAUAAAGACAAUUCUGCAAAUGAAGCCUUCCUCCAAGGAGCUGAAGAAAGAGUGUGUUACCAAUGUGAGAGUGAAGAGGAAUGUCAGCAGGCAGAUGUAGAUAGCCUGUCCACUGCCCUUCCAGCUCCCAGGGACCUAUUACAGCCCUCCAUUAAGCAGAGGCUGGCCCGGCUCCAGCUGUCACCGGAUUUUACCUUCACCGCUGGUCUUGCUGCAGAAGUGGCUGCUAGAUCUCUCUCCUUUACCACCAUGCAGGAACAGACUUUUGGUGAUGAGGAGGAAGAACAAAUAAUACAAGAAAAUAAAAAUGAGGUAGAAGAGAAGUAAGAACCAAGAUUUACAUGAAGGAUUUUAAAUUGUUGCUUUUAUGCAGGUGUUUUAGCUUCAACACUAGAUAGGUGAUCCACUGGAAAGGGAAAACGAGUGUUAAGUUUACUAUAUAUAAAGCUGAGAUGUGAAUUUACAGCAAAAACCCUGGUUUGAACAACUGCUUUGAAAAUAGUAGCUAACCUGUAAAUGGCAAAUUUUUAGGAAAGUCAGAGAAAGGUAAGGGCUCUUUCAAAUAAACUGCUGUUCUACUUGCAGUACAACUGAUCGAUCUUGGGAAUUCUUUAGGUACUUUUAAUAAGAAACAAAUUUAUCAUUUCUUGCCAGAAUUUGCUAAAAUGACUGGGAUAAUUCUGUUGCAAGAACAUUAACAUUUAGUAUGACUCCUUUUUACUGUAUUCUCGCAGUUAAUAACUGCAGCUAUUAUGUUAAUAACAACUUGUUUGUAUUUUAUUUUUGUUUAUACCAGUCUUAAAGAUACAGGUUCUGAAUAAAAAAAAAAUUGAAUUCAUACAAUUAAUGUGUACUGGGGUUUGGAACUCAAACGUAGUGUCAAAAGUACUGGGAUUGUGAUAUGUUUCUUAUGUUUCCUUGUUCAUACCUGUAUUUGGUAGUUAAUUUUAAGAUGUCCUAAUAGUCUUGAAAAGAAAAACAUUGUACUGUUUUAAAAAUUAGCCUUUCAAUUAUUUUUUGUGUUUAUCUUCUGUUCGUGUUAUAACUAAUAGGGAAUGAUGUCAGAGUGGGAUCUCUUUGGUUCAAGGCCCCAUUCUCAACUUUGCAGCAAGUUCUUUGUGUAGGUUUGCCUGCAGAUCACUGGGUACCACUAACACAAGCCAGUCACUUGAGCUGCUGAGGCUAUACCCUCUCCACUUUAUUGAGAUUCUGGAAACAUUCUGUCUGCUUCCUGGAAAGCAUCCUUGUCUCCUUAAUACUUCAUUGACAAACUACCUCGUAAAAGAGGUUGCUUUCCAAAUUGUCCAGUGUUAAAUGAUUGCAUUUUCAAAAUGUGACAUUUUCAGGAGUAUAUUUUUUCUUGAAACCUAUAGCCCUUAUGCACUGACAUAGUUUAUAGACAUUACUUGGGAAGAGUAUAGGAGUAGUAAUUUUUGCUGCUGUCCUACCAAGGAGAUUACACAAUGAAUAUAGAUUGUCUUCAGAGUUAAACAUUCAGAUUCCUGUAAACUUGGCCCUUUGACUUAGUAGAGUUAUGUAUACCAAGGAGAUUUUUAUUUAAUUUUUUCAGUAAUCUUGGGAAAUUUAUUUUUUAACCUGAGGAAAAACUUGGUUCUGCUUUAUGUGAAUAGUAGAGACCCUCUGAACACUAAGUGAUUCUGCCUAUUGCCAAAAAUUCUAGGACUUAUCCAUAAUUAAGCUCUUAGGAUUAUCUUAGGGUGGGCCCAGUUUCUCACUUAGCAAUGGUUAGCUAAAUUUCAAGAAAAAAACAAAUCUUGUUUUGAGACUGAUGAUUAUAUUCGUAAAUAAUAUUUUCCUUAUAAAUUACUUAGUUUGCCAACUCUUCUCCUCCUUGGACUGAGAGGAGGCAAUUAUGGAAAAACUUGGUAAUCUUUUUCUUAAUCUGUGAACUUAACACAAAAAGAACUAGAGUUUAAUAACUUUUAAUUCUUUUAUUGUAUUAUUUUUGUUAUAGCAGUUUGGGAAAAUAUCUUCAUAAUAUUUUAUCAGUUUUAUUCAGUGCUGGGGUGAUACUUUUUAAUUUUAAAAGACUGAUUUUAGUCAGGAAUUCCUAAUCUUCCAGUCUGUGAUCUGUUUUAUUUACUAGUUGUUAACUUAAUUCUAUGAAAAUUCUACUUGUUGAAACCAUGAUAAAAGGAUCUUGGGACUUUAAAUGAAGUAUCUUUUUUUGUGUAGUUUUCAAAAUUUCUUUCAUCAUUUAAACGGUUUCUAAGAUAAAAUAUUACCUUCCCUGUGAAUAUUCUUAAUUUUCUCUUAUAAUAGUCUAAAAGUCAGUGUUUCUCAGGUUUUUGGUUUUUUUGUUUUGUUUUGUUUUGUUUUUUGGGUUUUUAUGGGGCACCUACCUUAGAAUAAAUUAGAGGUCUUGUUUUUAUAUUGCAGAUUUGGGGCCAUAUUCCCAAUCCAUUCUUAGUUGGUCAUUUUGGAAUGAGACCUAGGUGAUGCUUACGUGCAGUAAAAAUCUAAGAAUCUCUGUCUAGGACUUCGUUUUCCUUGCCAUGAAUACCUUAGGAAAUAAAAACAAAUAGGCCAAUGUAAUUAUAAGUAGGUAUUCUUGUUUGUUACUUUUAUAAGAAUAUUUCAGUUUCUAUUAUCAGGCUUUUGACUAGUUUUAAUUGUUGCCAUCCUCCUUCCAAAAGAAGCUCUCUGGGAAAAAUAUUUUGGGAUGCAACACUUGUAAUUGUGCUUUCCAAAUUUUACAAUGAUAUUUUGACAGGAUAAUUCUUGUUAGGAGUAAUAUCCUAAUAGCUUUUAACAUGAACAUUUAUUUUACCAGGAUAAACCUAGUACUUAAUGUAAGAAUCCAUGAAAGAAGCUAUUUGGGGCUCUCUUGAAGACAAGAUUUUUACUCUUUGCCUGAAGUAAGGAAAGUCAUGGUAGUAAAUGAUUUGGUAACAGUUAUCACACCUAAAAUUCUUACUUUUUUCAGCUUUCAUUAAAACCCUGCAUAUCUGGCA